AUGCUGCUGGCCCAAGGAAUCAGCGAGGAAACCAUCGGCGCAAACCUGAUUAUUGUCCACGGCGAUGUCACCGACGUCGCGGCCGUCAAGAGGACCUUGAUGUCCGGAGGCGAAAGAACGCUCGUUGGCAAGAUCGUCUCUGGCGUUGGUGCCCGUCCCGUGUUCCAGCUUUCCCUGACAGCUCCCAUCAAAAUGGAUAAUCCGCAUAUCUGCGAGCAAGCCACCGAAUCCAUCAUCAAAGCGCUUGGGGAGAUAUACGCCGAAUAUCCGGACGAGCGACUGCGCAAACCUGUCAUCACCGUUAUCUCAUCGACGGGCGUGGAUGGUCCGUAUGAUGUGCCUUUUGGUUACCAGUAG